GCUUUGCCUAGAGAUAAAUUGAGCAACCUGUAACAUUAACAUAAUUAUCAUUAACGGCAGUGUCCACUUUGCCUGAUAUACAGUUCACAGGAGUUUAUUUGAGAAUCAAAGUUCAUUUUAAGAAUGAAUAAGCAGAAGGCACCAGGACCUCUGAACUCACAUAUCAGUGCCUUCCCUACAUGUGCAGAUCAUUCUCCCAGUUCUUUUCAUAUAUACAGCCUGGACUGCAAAGUUACAGAUGGGUGCCACAGGUUCAUCUCCCUCCUGCUGCUUCUUUAGAAGAUUCUUCAUCCUGUUGGCGUUGGGCUGUGCUGAUGGUGGCAGGCUGCUGGUGGUCCCACAGGAUGGUAGCCACUGGCUCAGCAUGCGUGUGUUGGUGGACAGGUUAGCACAAAGGGGUCACUAUAUUGUCGUGGCCAUCCCAGAAGUCAAUAUGCUUUUCAAGGAUUUAGAUAAUUACAAAGUGAAAACAUUCUCUUCGCCUUACAGCAAAGACGUUUUGGAAAACCGCAUGAGGCGUAUGAACCAAGAAAUAUUUGUAGACCGGAUUCUUACAGAGAAGAUUACAUUCUGGUAUGAAAGCAUGUCAAACGCUACACAGUGGGUUGUGAGUGCAUGUCAGCACUUCCUGCAGAACUCGACCCUCAUUAGGGAACUGGAGAAGGAACAUUUUGACGCUAUGCUAACUGACUCAGUUUUCCCAUGUGGUGAGAUAGUCGCUGAACACCUUUCCAUCCCUUCUGUGUCCUUCAUGAGGGGGACUAUAUUUGGGAUGGACCAAAUAGCUUCUCAGACCCCUAGUCCUCCCUCCUAUGUACCCAGGAUGUUCACUGUGUAUACAGACAAUAUGUCUUUCAGCCAGAGGGUGAAGAACUUCCUUAUCCACUCCCUGGAACAUAUCGUUUGCCAUAUUUUUUAUUAUCCAUAUGCACAGAUGGCUUCAGAUUUUUUGAAAAAAGAAGUUACUGCUAUGAGUCUUUUCAGCCGUACUUCCAUUUGGCUGAUGAGGUAUGACUUUGUCUUUGAAUUUCCCAGGCCCAUAAUGCCAAAUGUGAUUUUAAUUGGAGGCAUCAACUGUGCCAAGCAGAAGGCCCUACCCCAGGAGUUUGAGAAGUUGGUUAAAAGCUCUGGAGAACAUGGAUUUGUGGUGUUUUCCUUUGGAUCCAUGGUGUCUGAAAUUCCCAUGAAUAUAGCAAUGGAUAUAGCGGAAGCUCUGAGAUACAUUCCUCAGAAGGUUUUCUGGAGGUACACAGGGAAAGCACCUCCAAAUCUGGGAGAUAACACCCAUCUUGUAAAGUGGCUGCCGCAGAAUGAUCUGCUUGCUCAUCCCAAAGCUCGUGCCUUUAUCACUCAUGCUGGAUCACAUGGGGUUUAUGAGGGAAUUUGUAAUGCUGUCCCCAUGGUCAUGCUGCCAUUAAUUGGGGACCAGAUGGAUAAUGCAAAACGUAUUGAGUCUCGGGGAGCAGGAUUGAUUCUCAAUGUGCAGAACUUAAUCCCCGAUGACCUUAGCAAUGCAGUGAUGGCUGUUAUAGACAAUCCAAGCUACAAGGAAAACAUUCAGCGUUUGUCCUCUCUGCACCGGGACAGACCAGUCCAACCCCUGGACCUUGCUGUGCACUGGGUAGAGUUUGUUAUGAAACACAAAGGUGCCCCCCACUUGCGCCCGGCCGCUCAUGACUUGAACUGGAUUCAGUACCAGUCCCUGGAUGUUAUGGCCUUCCUACUGGCUGUACUGCUCACCACACUGUUCAUCAGCCUAAAGUGCAGCACUUUUGCAUGUCGUUGUUGCUGUAAAAGAAACACCAAGCCAAAACGUAAAACCAAGUCUGAGUAGGAUUUUUACCAUUGCCAUUUUACAGAGGUAUUUAAUGUUGGAACAAGUUUCUUGUCCUACUGCUGAAACAAUUUUCCACAGUUCUGGAAUGUUCAUCGGUGCCUUCUGCACUAGCACCAUGGACUACAGUAUUGCAACCCAUCUUGUGGCCAUGCAAGUGAGAGCGUAUAACUUAUUGUCUGGUCUUCACUUAAGGGCAUUAUAUCAUGGGAAUAUUAACAACUCCUUUAUGACACCUUUUGUUAUAAACAGUGGUGUGAGGACACUAAUAUUUUAGGGCUGUUUUUUAGCGUGGCAUAUUUCAUCAAAUGAAAAUCACCCAUUGAUCACUUUCCACAGAAGGAAUGAAUACUUUCAGCUUGAAAAUUACCUUAAAACACGUGUUUUUUUUUCAUUCAAAUGAAGGGGGAUAAUUGAAUGCACAUUUAAUUUGCCCAAAAUACCUAGGGCUGAAAAGUGCCCUGGUGACAUUAGCCUCAGAUAACUUUUCACCAUUUUCAUCUUGUAGUUGUGUUUCUAAAUCUCUAGCUGCCCAGCAUGUUGAUUAUUAAAAUGUAUUUGGUUAAAAAGU